UCUUGUUAGCCGUUAGCUCAACUGGUUCCCAGGCUGUCAGUUGCUAACAGCGACGACAAAUUCUAAUUCUAUCCUUAUCUGUGGCUCCAUAAAACCGCCAGGAUGUUUGAGGAGGCCAGUGAAGUGUUCGACAACAUGUUUAAAUCCUCUUUCCCCCUCACCUUCAUCGUGUUUAUCCCUGCGGUGCUGAUCCUGGUGUCUCCGUUGCCGGCCGAUGCGGCUCAUGAGUUCACGGUUUACCGCAUGCAGCAGUACGACCUGCAGGGUCAACCCUACGGUACCAGGAAUGCCAUCCUGAAUACGGAGGCUCGUACUGUAGAAGCAGAGGUAUUAAGUCGCCGCUGUGUAAUCAUGCGGCUUGCAGACUUUUCCUACGAAGAGUAUCAGAAAGCGCUUCGACAAUCAGCAGGAGCUGUGGUCAUCAUCCUGCCCAAGAACAUGUCUGCUAUGCCGCAGGACAUAGUUCAGCAGUUCAUGGAGCUGGAGCCGGAGAUGUUGGCCACAGAGACCGUCGUCCCCGUGUACUUCGCCAUGGAGGACGACGAGCUGCUGUCCAUCUACACCCAGACCCUGACCUCCUCCUCCUCUCAGGGCUCCCUAUCGGCCGCCGAAGUGCUGCUGCACACGGCCACAGCUAACGGCUUCCAGAUGGUGACCAGCGGAGCUCAGAGUAAAGCCAUCAGCGACUGGGCCAUCACCAGCUUAGAGGCCUGA